AUGCUGAAGCAGCUCUUUGAUCCUUGCUUUGCCAACCUCUCGCUGGUCAGGUUGGAUGAGAAGAGCAAGAAGGACGCCAAGAAUGCUGGCCAUGGAUCCUUGGUUACCUUCAGUGAAGUUGUUUUCAUGAGCAAGUUCAUGAUGUUCGCAUUGGUCAGAGGCUCUGAUCCGCAGUCUUUCGACAUUCUGGACAAGCUGAAGGCAUUUCAGACCAAGAGGAACCUGAGUCAUCAACGAAAUACGUAAGUUUUGCCAUCUUUGACAUUACACUUGGUUGUCUUGGUCAAAAUUUUGAUUUUUGUAGUGAUAUUCUUUGUAAAUCUUUAUAAAUCUUUUCUUCAGGCCUCAACCAAAGCUCAAGCGGCUUUUCGGCCUAAAAAGCGCAAAGAAAAAGAACAAUGGCGAGUUCUAUGACCUCUCGACAGUUAUAUUGGACAUGGACUUUCAUUCCAACGACUACGAUGCUAAUUCAGUGAUCAGCGAAAUAGAUGGAAAUGCGAUUUUUUGUUUCGCUCCGACAAUGUCGUAUAUUCAAAAGGUAUAGUAAUUUUAUUCAUGUUUUAUCUUCUUUUAGGGUCGAUUGUUAAGGUCGCUGAAAGCCUCAACAGCUCCAUCGUUGAUCUUGGUAGAUGGUUCGACGCUAUCAGUGCUCUCAGUUCAUUGCAAGGAGAUGCUUCUGGAGAAAAAUGACGUUGAAAACUUUCCUUGGUAAGGGGUUAUAACAAUUUUAGGUAGCAUUGAUACCUAAAAUUAUGUUUUAUAUGAAUUUUAUUGAAAUUUGAGCUUGCGUGUUUGAAAUUUUUAUAUUUUUAGGCACGAUGCUUCUCCAUCAUCUCUACUUUCUGGAAAUUUUAUCAGGAUCAAGAAAAAUUCCAGUGGAGAUCGUGAAGUUUCAGUUGUAAACGGCUUGAAGAAAGGUGUAAAAGCCCUUUAUUUUGGUGCUAAGUGGGUAUGUUUUUCUUUAUUAUUGUUGAUUUGGUCUUUAGUGUCCUCCAUGUCGAGCUUUGACGAAUCAGUUGAUCGAUGUCUACGGGAAAAUCAAAGAGAAAACCUCAAAUUUUGAGAUUGUCUUCUGCUCCUUUGAUAGGACGAAGGAAUCUUUCGAAGAAUACCUGUCCGAAAUGCCGUGGGUUGGAUUUCCAUUUGACUCAGAGGUCACGAACAAUGUGAGACACGCAUUUGACGUUCAAGGUGAGUAAUAAUUUUAUUUUUUCGGAAUUUAGGACCUGUUAUAUUAUCCAUGACAUAUCUGAUGUAAAAAUUGUCAGAAAAAUUCAAAUUUUUUUGGGUGUUGAACUUAAAACUGAAAGAUUAUGCUUUUUAGGUAUUCCCACAGUCGUUAUUCUCGAUGAAGACAACAAUAUUAUCACCAAACACGGCAAAAAUAUCCUCCUUUCCGACCCGAAAUGCCUCGAAUUCCCAUGGAAGCACAAAGAUCUGUACGAACUCAAUGAAUUUACUGUCCAAAGGAUAACUGACCUCCCCACAUUGAUUAUGUUUACAGGUAAGACGGACAUUAUUUUGAUUUGGCAAUCACAUUUUUCAAUUUUUAGAAGGUACCCCGGAUGACUCAAUUUUCGCUAAAGAAGUACUCAAAACAUGCGCAGAUAUAUUGUAUAGCCAACUAAAGACGUCCAUAUCGGCAGAAAGCAACUUAUCAAACCUAGAAUCUUCGCCAUCGAUAUCAAAUUCGUUUUCGGAGACCAGGUGGGUCUAGUGUAAUGUAAAAGUUUAUUUUUGUAGUUCAAUCACGUCUGAAAUGCCUGUGCCAUCGUAUGCAGAUCUUAUUCAGGUCAUGUACACUGGUGAGCAUCCAAUCUGUGACUUUGUAAGCGAUUUUUUUGAUGUUUUUAUAUUGUAGUAGGUCAUUUUGGAUUAAAAUUUUUUGUGAUUUUCAAGUCAGGAAUGCUGUAAAUUUUGUGAUUUUCAAGUCUAUUUUUUCAUAAACUAGCAUUUCAGAUAUUGGAAAGCCUUGGAUUAGGCCAAAUGGAGCUACCACUACUAGUAAUUUGCGACACUUUGACUGGAUUUAUGGCGAUCUGCGAUAAACCUGACAUCAGCGAUACAACUGCCGUUGAAUUUGUGAACGAAUAUCGAUCAGGGAAGGCCCGAGUCCUCCCACUUCCCAAGGCCGGCCCUGGGGUUCGAAAUGUCGCUGGAAUUCCCCUACUCCAGCCAGAAAAUGCAUAA